CAUAUCAAGAAAAAAUAUAGGAAUAAACAAAAAAUACUUGAUAUCUGAAUCAUGCACUUUUGUUGUGUGCUCAGUUAUAUUUCCAGGUUACAUGGAUGGAGAACUUGCAAAAAAAUCAGAUCCCAAAGCCCAGAUUCUAAAAAGUGGAGGCAUUACAAGGGCUCAGAGUAGCCAAGAAGAAAGUAAGAGAACAUCAAUAAAAGAAGUCACAAUUGCAGAUUCUGAGGGAUCCUUGAUAUCAAGAACCAAAAAGGAGCCAAUAAGUAAAGCAAAAAGCACUGAGUUGGGGAAAGACAAGAUAGAAACAGAGGUCAAGGUAAAGGAGAGUGACACUGGAAUACUAAAAGGACAGGAAGCCCAAGUAGAGAAGAGCGAUGCUGGAAUAUUAAAAGGAAAGGAAGCCGAAGUAAAGAAGAGUGAUGCAGGAAUACUAAAAGGACAGGACUCCCAAGUCAAGAAGAGUGAUACCAGAAUACUAAAAGGACAGGAAUCCCAAGUAAAGGAGAGUGAUACCAAAAUUCCAAAAGAACAAGAAUCCCAAGUAGAGGAGAGUGAUGCUGGAAUAUCAAAAGAACAGAAAUCCCAAACAAAGAAGAGUGAUACCAGAAUACCAAAAAAAUCGGAAUCUCAAGCAAAAAAGAGUGACACUGGAAUACCAAAAGGGCAGGAAUCCCAAGUAAAGAAGAGUGAUACCGGCGUUUCAAAAGGGCAGGAAUCCCAAGCAAAGAAGAGUGAUACCGGAAUACCAAAAGGACAGGAAUCCCAAGCAAAGAAGAGUGAUACUGGAGUACCAAAAGGACAGGAAUCCCAAGCAAAGAAGAGUGAUACCAGAAUACCAAAAGGACAGGAAUCCCAAGCAAAGAAGAGUGAUACUGGAGUACCGAAAGGACAGGAAUCCCAAGCAAAGAAGAGUGAUACUGAAGUACGAAAAGGACAAGCAGGGAAAGCAAAGCAGGGAGAUGCCAAAACACCAAAAGGACCAGAAGCCCAAGCAAAGAAGAGCGAUGCAUCAAUACUAAAAGAACCAGAAGCCCAAGCAAAGGAUAAAGGAAAGAAAGGUGAUGAAGGAAAGAACAAUGUUAAAGGAAAGAAAGAAGCAGAAGUCAAGGGUAAAAAAGUAGAAGCCCCAGCAAAGGGCAAAGGCAAGUAAAAAAAAAAAAAAAAAGGAAUAAAGAGGGUAAAUAAAAGGAAGGCCCAUAAGACAAUUGAUCGUUAUGACUGACUGUCAUCCCUCAGAUACAAGCCAUACCCCAGCCAUCGCCUAAAUGGAUUAUACUUAUAAAAUCCUUUUAAUCUAUGUACCUGCAGAGUUUCUGCCCUUCAGAAAUCUCACCAUAUUUAGACCUCUCAGUCACAAACCUCAGCUUCCAAAUGUUUGUUUUAUAAAUUGAUAUUAAUAUUAUUCUGUCAAGAGAGACUGGAUACUUUCUUAAAUAAAACAUUUUGAUUAAAGGAAUAUAUAGUUUCUUUGGCAACUAUUAUGUCUCUGUCAUAGCCUAACCUACCAAUCAACAAAUAACCCCUCAUAGUGGGCCUAAUGCAUACAAGACACUGUACUAACACUAGGGGGUAUACAGAAAAAUAGAUUCCCUGCUUGUAACAUACAGUGAUUUAGUAUACAUGUACAUGACAUUUUUUUUUUUAGAAAGUAAAUCUAGUGUCCAAAAAAUUGGUUAUAUGGACAGUACAUUAAGAGUUCUGAAGCCUCUUGAGUUGAGAAGGUAAAGGCGGUGGUGGUAUAUGACAUGUGUGUCAAAAGAUGAAUAAGACCUUGAUGAUGAGUGGAGCAGAAAGAGGAGAAGAAAGGCAAAGGGGUAAAGACUGUUAUGCCAUGUUCUAGGGACCGUACGCAAUUUUGUUGUAGCAACAGGCUCAUGGGCGGGCGGGGGGAUUAUAGGAUAUAAUUUUAGAAAGUGGAGUUAGAAGAAGAAGUUUAAAAAACAAACCAGGAAUCUGUACUUUAUUUUUGAGGCAACUAGAGGCCUUCUGGAAUGUUUAAGAAAGAGUGAAGUCAAUAAGGUUUAUUAUGAGAAAAAAAUGUUAAUCUUGUGAUUGUGCAAAAUAGAUUGAAGAGGAGAAAGAUCAUAGGCAUGAACACAGGUAGCUGGAGUAGUAAGUGAUGGAAUAAAAAUGAACAGGAGAGACUUCUCAUAUGAGAGAUAUUUUCCAGGAAAGUUUAAUAUUUCAUGAUGGCUGGUUGCAUUUGAGUAAGAAAAACAAAAAACAAGUGAUGACUCCACAACUUUUGAAACUGGGUAACAAAAAUCAGUAACAAACUAGGACGCUAGUUUGUGGGACAUGGAGGGAAUAGCAAAUUGAUGAACUUGUAAAGAGCACUUUUCAAAGAGCGGCAGCUAGGAGAAAGAAAUUAAACAAGCAGAAUAAUAGGAACACAAGUUAGUAGCUGGGAAAUAGAUGUACCUUCCAAAAAAUUAAUGCUUUAAAAGCAUAGCUUUUAGGGAUUUGAUUUUUACUCUCCUCUCUUCAAAAAAAAAUUUUUUUUUCUCUUCUGUGCUGAGUAGCCCAUGCCCUGAGUAGUACAUUGAGUUCUGUCAUGGGAUAUGGAUAAACUAGAGUGCCUUCAGAAGAGAAAGACCACCCAUGAUGGUAAGGGGACUCAAAUCAUUUAAAGUGAGCAGGAAGUUGCACAGUUUCACCUGGGGAAAAAAUACGAGGUGACAAUUAUUUUCAAAUAGGUGAAGGUCCAUCGUGACUUAGAAUAUUUUGUAUGGCCUCAAGGAAAUACGACCAAAAAAAAAAAAUU